AUGACAGAUAUGAGUGUCUUAACUGCAGGAGAAGCUCCAGCCUGUGUGUUUUUUUUUUUUUUUUUUUGUUGUGUUCUUCUUGUGAGGGGCGAAGACGUAACCGAGUUUCAGCCUCCCCCCGAUUACAUACUGAUGGCUGACUGCAUUUACUACGAGGAGUCGUUAGAACCAUUACUGAAGACCCUGAAAGACCUGACUGGCCCUGACACGUGUGUGUUAUGCUGUUAUGAACAAAGGACUAUGGGGAAGAAUCCUGAAAUAGAAAGAAAAUACUUUGAGCUGCUUCAGAGGGACUUUGAGUUGGAAAAAAUUCCUCUGGAUAAGCAUGAUGAGGAGUAUCGGAGUGAAGACAUUCAUAUCAUGAAUAUCCACAGGAAACAAACGAAUUUUCCGUCGUGAGAUCUUUGACCACAUGAUCUGUCCUCUGGCAACUGGCUAGAGCUCUGGAGAGGACGGAGAGUGUAAAAUAACACCACAAAGGGACUGUCUACUGUGUGGUUUGUGACUCAUCUACAGAGCAUCUUCUAGAUGGUGGAUUUGGCAUGAGGUACUAAAAGAAAUGGGCUGUUUAGACUAGAUCCACUCAUAGCACCUUUCUUGGAGGACAAACGUGAUCUGUUGAUACCUACAGUGCAACCUCACUGAUACAGAGGAGGGCAAAAAUGGAACUGGAGUUUAAUGUAGACCAGCAUUGCGUUUCUGUUCCUGGUUACCUUUGCUGGGUAGCUGCUUGUCAAAGCAGCAAACAGCUUAAGAGUUCCCACAAAGCAGAUGCAGGGAUACCACGAAGAAGUCUGUGUGCCCUAAAGCGCAAAGGAAGCCAACAGCAUCACCUCUUCCUCCUGAGGAGGAAACUCUUCAGGUGGGCUGAAAUUCUCCUUCAAAGAGGCCCAGAUACCCAGUCAAUAAAACUUUUGUACUUGAAAUGGGUCUUGGCUGGUGACUUUCUAAGGCUGUAGCGUCUGUGUUUCUGCUUUGCAGACGUCCUGUGAGUCUGGUUCUAGGAGCAGGAUCUCAUGGUGGUAGGUACUGUACAAAUGUAACAAACAGAUGGUCGCUCUUCUUGUGUGAAGUUGUUUGUUCUUUUAAUUCCAUCUGUGUUUUUUUUUAGUAUAAGGAACUGCAGUGU